AUGUCUGAUGAUAUAGAGCAAAAGGAGUCGAAGAUUCUUGCCCAGUUUGCGAAAGGUGUGUUCAGUGCAGGUCUGUUAAAGCAGUCGUGCCCAGAUGUCCCCGAGGUUACCGUUGACGUGAUCAGAGUAGAAAAAUUAUCUGAAACGGAGCUGGAAGAAUGCCUCAGCCUAUUGGAUCGUAACCUCGGUUCAAUAUAUGCGUUGGUCAACGGGAAGGGCUGGAAGAAACCGAAGAGAAAAGAGAUGAUAGAACCCGGACUGGUUUACGUGCUGCUUCGAGCUGCAGGAACCAACAAACUGAUUGGAUUGAUUUCCAUGAAGAUUGUAAACGAGUAUGAUUUGAAAGUAUUGUAUCUUUACGAGAUCCAGGUGGACGAGUCGUGCCGCAACAAGAAGCUGGGCACGUUUGCCAUGCUGCAGUUAGACCGGCUUGUUUUAAUGAUCAACAGUUCAGAUAAGCUAAAACAACUCUGGCUCAGGGAAUACGAAGGCGAGUACCUGGGCCUCCACGACCCGGAAAUUCUACUUACAGGAGUGGCAUUGACUGUGUUCAGCGUGAACAAAGGAGCAAGGAAGCUUUACCAGCGGCUAGGCUACAAACUACACCCGGAUAGUGCAAAAGACAGGGUACUGCGCAGCGGAAAAGUAAUCGAACCAAUCUACUAUAUGUUGGAGAAAAGUGUAAAAGAUUCCGUUUAA